UUCAUUCUCUCUCAAAUCCUAAAACCACUCAGUGUCACCUAAACAGACAAGAGGUACAAGAUAAUGGCUGGCAAAGGUGAAGGUCCGGCUAUCGGAAUUGAUCUGGGAACAACAUAUUCGUGCGUUGGUGUUUGGCAACAUGAUCGUGUCGAGAUCAUUGCCAAUGAUCAAGGUAACAGGACGACGCCGUCUUACGUUGCUUUCACCGAUUCCGAGAGGUUGAUCGGUGAUGCCGCCAAGAAUCAGGUUGCAAUGAACCCUACCAACACUGUUUUUGAUGCAAAACGUCUGAUUGGUAGGAGAUUUAGCGAUUCUUCUGUGCAAAGCGACAUAAAGUUGUGGCCUUUCAAGGUCACGUCUGGUCCAGCAGAGAAACCCAUGAUUGCUGUUAAUUACAAAGGUGAGGAGAAGCAAUUUGCUGCAGAGGAGAUCUCCUCCAUGGUGCUUAUUAAAAUGAAGGAAAUUGCAGAAGCUUUUCUUGGAUCAACAGUGAAAAAUGCUGUUGUCACAGUUCCUGCCUAUUUCAAUGACUCCCAGCGCCAGGCUACAAAGGAUGCUGGUGUGAUCUCUGGCCUAAAUGUCAUGCGUAUUAUUAACGAGCCAACUGCUGCUGCAAUUGCUUAUGGUCUUGACAAGAAGGCUAGUAGUGUUGGUGAGAAGAAUGUGCUUAUCUUUGACCUUGGUGGUGGUACUUUUGAUGUGUCUCUUUUGACUAUAGAAGAAGGUAUCUUUGAGGUGAAAUCAACGGCUGGUGACACUCACCUUGGUGGAGAGGAUUUCGAUAACAGAAUGGUGAACCAUUUUGUGCAGGAAUUCAAGAGGAAGAAUAAGAAGGAUAUUACCGGCAAUCCAAGAGCACUCAGGAGGUUGAGAACCUCUUGCGAGAGGGCAAAGAGAACUUUAUCGUCCACAGCUCAAACCACCAUUGAGAUUGACUCUUUGUAUGAGGGUAUUGAUUUCUACUCCACCAUUACUCGUGCUAGAUUUGAGGAGCUGAAUAUGGAUCUGUUCAGGAAGUGUAUGGAGCCCGUUGAGAAAUGCUUGAGGGACGCGAAGAUGGACAAAAGCUCGGUCCAUGAUGUUGUUCUUGUGGGUGGAUCCACCAGGAUCCCGAAAGUCCAGCAGUUACUUCAAGAUUUUUUCAACGGGAAGGAGCUCUGCAAGAGUAUAAAUCCUGAUGAGGCCGUUGCUUAUGGUGCUGCAGUCCAAGCUGCAAUUUUGAGUGGCGAAGGAAAUGAAAAGGUUCAAGAUUUGCUUCUUUUGGAUGUCACCCCACUCUCUCUCGGACUUGAAACUGCUGGAGGUGUCAUGACUGUUCUUAUUCCAAGAAACACGACCAUCCCAACAAAGAAGGAACAAGUAUUCUCGACAUAUUCAGACAACCAACCUGGCGUUUUGAUUCAGGUUUAUGAAGGCGAGAGAACAAGAACCAGAGACAACAAUUUGUUGGGGAAGUUUGAACUCUCGGGCAUUCCUCCAGCACCUAGAGGGGUCCCACAAAUUACGGUCUGUUUCGACAUUGAUGCCAAUGGGAUCCUAAACGUGUCUGCAGAAGACAAAACCACAGGGCAGAAGAACAAGAUCACGAUCACCAACGACAAGGGACGGCUUUCGAAGGAGGAAAUUGAAAAGAUGGUUCAAGAGGCAGAGAAGUACAAGGCAGAGGAUGAGGAACAUAAAAAGAAGGUGGAGGCUAAGAAUGCCUUGGAGAACUACGCUUAUAACAUGAAAAACACCAUUAGGGAUGAGAAGAUUGGGGAGAAGCUGAACCCAGCAGACAAAAAGAAGAUUGAAGAUGCAAUUGAUGAAACGAUGACAUGGCUGGAUGGCAACCAGCUUGGUGAAGCAGAUGAGUUUGAAGAUAAAAUGAAAGAACUGGAGAAUGUGUGCAAUCCGAUCAUUGCGAAGAUGUAUCAGCCUGGUGGUCGUGGAGCCAUGAAUGUGGAUGAUUUUCCUCCUGCUGCUGCUGGCGCUGCCCCUAAGAUUGAGGAGGUAGAUUAAGUUCGUCAUUGAUUGCUAUCGUUUGUUCAGAUUUUUUUAGGAAACAUUUUGUUUGAUUUUGAUUAUAUGGGAGGUUUUGGCGUAUUUAUUAGUAGAUCGAUGCCUUGGGGCGAAGAAACACUUUGUUUGGGCGGUAUGCCCCUAUUUUGAAAUUGUUUGUUUGAAGAAUAUUGGUGAAGAUUACCAAAAUGACUUUUGGUCUUGCAGUA